AGAUAAUUUCUUUCCUCUGUGGCCAAGCCAAGGAUGAAGAGAAGAAGAAGUAUUUUUUACGUCAGAAUAAGGAAAUUUCGGGAAUGUAGGGACAGGAAUAUUUUCAUCAUUUGAAAAUAGCUUUCCAAGAUACUGCGAAUAGUACGAUUAAUAAAUUUAACCAGAUGCUGAACAAUGCAUGAGUCACUUUCAGUAAUGAAAAAUCGUGUUUAUUACGCUGCUAAAGAUGGAAUGGCCAUAGCUCUGUACACUUUAAUAAGUGAAAUAGACAAAAUACAAGCGAAUCUCCUAAUAAAUGAGAAAAUAUCUGAAGAAGAUGGGCAGGAAUAUACACCACUCAUAGUAGCAGCUAGAAAUGGACACGAAAAAGUUGUACAAAUACUUUUGAAAAAAUUUAGCCCUGAUCUGGAACAAGAAGGCACUGUCAAAUUUGAUGGUUAUGUUAUAGAAGGAGCUAGUGCAUUAUGGUGUGCUGCUUGUGCAGGAAAUCUAAAUAUAUGUAAAGCUCUUGUGAAAGCUGGGGCAGAUGUGAAUCAUGCCACGAAAACCAAUUCUACUCCUCUCAGAGCCGCGUGUUUUGAUGGAAGACUGGACGUAGUUAAAUACUUGACUUACCACAAAGCUGAUAUAAACAUAGCAAAUAAAUAUAACAAUACAUGUCUAAUGAUAGCAUCGUACAAGGGACACUUAGAUGUAGUUAGUUUUUUACUAGAAAACGGUGCCAAUCCUAAUGAAAAAGCUCUCUGCGGUGCCACCGCCAGCCACUUCGCAGCCGAAUGCGGAUACCUCGAAGUGGUGAAGGAACUCCUCAAGUACGACGCCAAAUUCUCGAACAACGACGCCGGCAUGACGCCCAUCAAAGCUGCCGCUGAAAGGACAAGGUCGGACGUCGUUGAAUAUCUGGCGCAGAGGCCGGAGAUCAGUCUUGAGGAUAGGAUCGAAGCGCUCGAACUACUAGGGGCAUCAUAUGCGAACGAUAAGGAAAAUUAUGAUCUAGUCAAGGCAUAUAAGUAUAUGCACAUGUCGAUGGAAUUGAGGUUCAGUGAUCCAGAUAACCCGAUUAAGAAAAAAUUAAUUACACCUAUUCCGGCUUACGAAAACUGGGUUGAAUGUCAAAACGUCGCUGAGCUCGAAGCCCUACUAGGCAACAAUAACAGCUUACACAUGGAAGCUUUGACCAUCAGAGAACGGAUCUUGGGUACUCAGAAUCCAGAAGUGCCCCAUCCUAUUAUAUACCGAGGAGCAGUUUUUGCCGAUAAUGCACGUUUUGACAGAUGCUUGGAAUUGUGGUUGCAUGCCCUCAAGCUUCGACAAAGAAACUAUGUAUCUGUUGUCAAAGACCUCCUCAGGUUUGCCCAGGUUUUCUCCCAGAUGUUACACGUGGGCGUUAAGGUUUCUUACAAUCACGUGUUUGAAGUAUUAUCAGCUGCUAUAGUGGAACUUGAAAGAAACAAGAUGAAAAUGGUGAGGCCUGGCCCUAAAGAUGAUCCCGAUACUGUAAUGGUAAUUUACUUAUCUGUAGAACUCUUGGACGAUAUUGAGAGUAACUUGACAACUACUUUGUACCUGUUAACUAUUCUAACAAAACUAUUGAAGCAGUGCUCCGACGAAGAAAAGUUCAAUGUCAACCGAAUGGUGUUCACAUUGAACCAACUUGAGGUUACGCUAAGAGAUGGGCAAUCGCUGUUACACCUGGCAUGUAAUGCAGAAACGCCUGUGGAUGAUUUCCAUACAAAUGAUAUAUGCAAAUUCCCCUGCGCAGAGACGACCAAACUUUUGAUACAGUGCGGCGCUAACGUCAACGCAAUGGAUGCUGACAGGAAUACGCCCCUCCACGUCAUUGUCAACUAUCAUAAGGCUGUGUCUGAUUUCAUUACGUUACACUCUAUUAUCACAGAUCUGACUGAAAAUGGAGCCCAUCUUGACUGCGUGAAUAAACGUGGAGAGACGCCUCUGGAAUCUUCAGCUACAGGUAGUGUAGCAGAAAUAAUACUCAAAACACAAAUGAAAUUGAGUCUGAAAUGUAUAGCAGCGAAUGCUGUCAAACAGCAUAGACUUACUUAUCAAGGUCAGGUGCCUUUAUCUUUGGAGUCCUUUAUAGAACUCCACGGUCCUGGUAUCAAGAAAGCCUAGUCAAAUUUAGAUUUUUAAGUACAAUAUUUUUUUGAUAAACCAGAUUGUAUAUUGUGUAUAAAUGCAGGAGCUUCUACGUGUUCAAAUGUUUAAUAAAACGUUUUCAAAAAUAA